UGGUGUUGCACGCACUUUUUCUCUACGUUCUCUUUGCAGUUUCACGUGUUUACGCGUGUUAUACAACAGCAAGUUGCUUCUAGUACUUGGAACGUUAGCAAGUUGCUUUACGAUGUCUGAAGUAGAUGAAACUGUUAUCACCAUUCUACGAUCAUUCUCCAUGAAUGAGGAUGUCGUACAUCAGUAUGUAGAAAAACUUCAAGAUGAAGAAAUUACUUCACUCGAGGAUCUAGCUGACCUUGACUCUACGUUUCUUGUCGAGGAAAUAAAAAUGAAAAAAUUGCACGCACAGAAGUUGGUCAGAAAAUGCCAGAGAAUUACACUGAAAAUAGCAUUAGCAGAAGACGACAAUGUAAUUGGUUGUGUCAGGAGCUACCGAGGCACGACUAUCUAUUCACUGAGAAAAAGUAUAAAGAAAGAUGAAUUGCCAGUUGAGCAACAGUUUGUGUUUGUUGCUCAUGGAACGGAGAUUACUGAUGCGCAGGAGUCAUCUUGGGAUGUGGAGCAGCUACUAGACUGUUCCAACAAUGAUGUCAUUGUUAUUAAAUACAAAGAUGUUUAUCCUUCGCCAUCUAGUGAGCCUCCCAUGUCUGUACUCAACUUUGAGUCUCACUCAUUUCAACCUCCAAACUCUCAUUUACAUGAUAGUAAUAGUUCCAGCCAACUAGUUCCAACAGGCAACUACACGUUUAUGCCAUCAUCAACACUUCAAUAUGACUCUCCCAAAUCAUCGUUUUCUGACUCGGUCUCCAUGUUGAGUAACACCAGUCCUGGUCAUUUGUUUACUGGACCGGUCACUGAUGAUUUCUCACUUCUUUCCUUUACAGAUCACAAUCGUCAAUCCACCAACAGUCCCGUAUUUACGGAUAAUCUUCCAGAGAUUGCCAAUAACUUUACUGAUUUAAGUACUCAUGACUUUUCUGCACCACUACCCGACAAACACAGCGACAGCAAAGUAAAUAAGGCUCUCAAUUUUGAGACAAAUCAGAACAGCAGUGUGUCACCAUUUAAACGACCACUGCCUGAAUACAAGGUUGCUGCGUUUGAUAAGUUUCCAUUAUCGAAUGCUUUCAAUGAGGUAAAUGAGACAAUCAGUGAUGCGGCUCAUCCAUUCAAAGUCAGUGAAUGUUCAUCUUGGGCAGUCGUGUCUUCAAAGCACACGGAAAAAUCUCAGUUGGGUGAGACGUCAAGCGAUGGCUACAGCAGUUGGCACUGGUCACGUAGUAAUGUCGACUCUGAUGCUAGUAAAUACAGUGAGAGAAGAAAUUCGCAUGGUUUUGAUUCAUGGGAUUUUGACGAUGACGAUGUAGCAGUUCGUGAAUUGUCACAGCAACUGACAGAGACAUUGAGUGAACAAGAAACGACGCGUAACGUCUCACACAGUGACCCCAUAACCAUUUACAGCGACAACAAUCAUUCAACUCCAUCAUCUAAUAACGAAAUAUCACAAAUUUGGAUUUCCAAGUUAGACAACUCGGUCACAACUGCCAGCGUAUUAGCACUCGCUGAAACGUGUGGUCGAGUAUGUGGGAUACAACGCCAAACUGUCUCAUACGUUUUCGUCGCCUACGAGUCACCCGACAUCGCCAGACUGGCAGUGAACAAACUCAACGGGAUCACAUUUGCAGGACGAAAAAUAAAAGUGAAUUUAACAAAAUACAACAGCGAGUAUCUUGUCAACGGAGGAGAGAUGUCAACCAUUCGUCAUGGUUACGUCUCACACCGACUUCCUACAAAGUCUGCUUCACCAUCAUCAUCGACAUCAUCACCACGUUCACAACCAAGGAAUACUUACCGAGUGGCUACCAGUCGUUUGGUCUUGUCCAACGUCAAUCCAUCAACAUUGACGGAUAGUGUGAAGACAAUUGUUGUACAGUAUGGAACAGUUGUUAAGGUGGUGAGAAAUUCUCAUCGACGAAUUACGGUUUUUUUCAAAGAUCCUAUUGAGGCUAAGAAAGCAGCUCUUGGAAUUGAUCAACAGAUAAUUGAUCGGCAGGUUAUUACUGCACAGCAAGUGGAGGAGGAUGUCCAGUCGAAUACUCCAGCAAUGAAAUCUGAUACAAAACAGCAGAAACCAGCAUUACUACCAUUACCUAAUACUGGCAGGAGGGAUAUCAGUGAUGACGAAUUAGCAACAAUUAAGCGGACUGUCGUGGCUCUGAAAGAUACAAUCUUGGACCAAAGUUACGUUCGGAAGCUGCAGUUGGGCCUCAUUGUUGAUCAAGAGAGAAUGCAGAUGUUUUGUAUGGUUAUCGUUCAAGAGGCUAUUCAUCAUCCGGUUGAUUACACUAAAGUGUGUCGCAGACUCGACUCGUUGAAUUUCCAGGUAGUCGUUUCUGGCAAAAUCCUUGGUCUAAAACGUGUUCUUCUCACUCAAUGUCAACAGUUCUUCAUGCAAAUACUAGAAGAUGUCAAAGCUACACAAGGACAUUUGUCGGGUAUUGUGUUUGAUCAUGAAAUUGGUGUGGUGACAAGAAGCAAGGCGUUUGUACAACUGAGAGGUUUACUGCAGUUUCUAGCUGAACUUUACAUGCAGAGAUUCAUUCCAGGGUCGAUAUUGGUUAACUCUGUGGACGUGUUGUUGGAGGGCAGUCAUCUUUGCUGCUUGUUGAAUGUUCAUGCUUUACUGGUUAAUGUGGGCAGACAUUUGUGCCAAGAGAAUGUGGAGGCAAUGGACAGGUGCUUUCGUGCUAUUGAGGGGCUAUCACGGAAGUAUGUGUUGCCUGCUAAAGUGAAGGAUCUCAUGCAAGAUUUGUGUGAACGCCGUAAGUUUGGAUUCCGAAACGCUGUCAGGUGAGCUGCAUCAAUUUUUAUCUCCCAUUCAAAUUCUACAUUACUGCCUACGUUUCAAAGCAAUUUGACUAUGCAAUCUUACAUUGGCUAGUUUUCUAUCGCUGACAUACUACUGCAGCUUCUUACUUUUUGUCAAUCUUGUUGAUAUCAAUAUUUGUUAUUGUAUUGUCUAGAUUGUACAUACAUACAUGAACUAUUGAUAGGCAGACAGGAAAUGUUUGUGUUGCUGAUUGAGUUGAACUAUUAACUUGUA